UGAAAUACUGACGAGCGCACGUCCAUCACACAAUAAUAGAACAUUAGAACCCAAAAAACAUCUAUAUAUAAUAUCCCCUUCAUUAUUCUUCAUCAACAACAAACCAUUCAUACCCAAACACUAACACACAUUAAUCAGUUUGACCAUGGAACACCACAUAGCCAUUCUUCCUGCUCCAGGAAUUGGUCACCUAAUCCCUCUCGUGGAGCUAGCCAAACGACUCCUAAUGCACCAACUCUCAAUCACCUUCUUCGUCCCCACAGAUGCUCCUCCCUCCAAAGCCCAAAAGUUGGUCUUCGAGUCCAUCCAUAGCAACAAAAUUAACCACAUCUUCCUCCCUCCGCCCUCUCUCGAUGACCUCCCUCAAGACACCAAAAUCGAAACCAGGAUCGCGUUGAUCGUUGCGCGCUCUCUCCCUUCUCUGCGCGAGGCCUUGAAGCCGAUUGCGGCAACUAAAAGGCUUGUGGCGUUGGUUGUGGAUCUUUUCGGUACCGACGCAUUCGAUGUUGCUACAGAAUUUAAUGUCUCUCCGUAUAUUUUCUUUCCAUCGACGGCUAUGGCUCUGUCUUUGUUUCUUCUUUUGCCGAAAUUGGAUGAAACGGUGUCGUGCGAGUAUAGAGAUCUGCCCGAACCGGUUGAAAUACCCGGGUGUGUCCCGGUUCACGGUAGGGACUUUUUUGAUCCAGUUCAGGAUCGGAGAAACGAUGUGUACAAAUGGAUUCUCCACCAUGCAAAGAGGUAUAGAUUGGCAGAGGGUAUUAUGGUAAAUAGCUUUAACGAAUUGGAAGGUGGAGCUUUAAAUGCUUUAAAGAAGUUUGAACUGGGUAAGCCGCCGGUUUACCCUGUUGGACCGCUUGUGAAUAUGGGUGGGUCGAGUAUUGGGUCGGAAAGGAAUGAGUGUUUAAAGUGGCUUGAUAGUCAGCCACUUGGGUCUGUCUUAUACGUGUCUUUCGGUAGCGGUGGGACCCUCUCAUUUGAACAGAUAACAGAAUUGGCUCUAGGAUUGGAAGCCAACGAGCAAAGAUUUUUGUGGGUGGUGAGGAGUCCAGAUGUGGUUUCUAAUGCCUCAUUUUUCACCAUCCAAAGUCAGACAGACCCUUUUGAUUUUUUACCCAAAGGGUUUUUGGACAGAACAAGAGGUCGAGGUGUAGUGGUCUCGUCCUGGGCCCCGCAGGCCGAGGUGUUGAGCCACGAUUCAACCGGAGGGUUUUUGACUCAUUGUGGGUGGAAUUCGAUACUUGAGAGUGUUGUCAAUGGUGUGCCAUUAAUAACUUGGCCACUCUACGCGGAGCAGAAAAUGAACGCUGUGAUGUUAUCGGAGGACAUAAAAGUGGCUUUGAGACCCAAAACGAGGUCUGAAGAUGGAAUCAUUGGAAGAGAUGAGAUUGCGAAAGUUGUUAAAGAUUUAAUGGAAGGUGAAGAAGGUAAAAAGAUUAGGAAUCGAAUGAAGGAGCUGAAGGAGGCUGCUGCUAAGGUUGUGAGUGAAGAUGGAUCUUCCACUAUGGCACUUUCUGAAGUGACUAACAAGUGGAAGAACAAAGAGAAAAUAUGAAGUUUAAUCAGUGUUAAAUUAUUAGUGUUAGUUAUCAUGUUCUACUUUUUCUUCAUUCUGUCUUUUUAUUUUGUCUACUUUUUCUCCUUUGUAAAAUAAUGAGAUCAUGAAAACAAUCAUCCUUUGCCACUAA